UGUGAGGCUACGUAACGCAAAUAAAAUAUAGUUUUAAUUUACAAAUGUAUGUUCUAACGCCGGAAUUAGAAAUUAUUGCAAAAGAAAAUUGCAAUGAAUCUUUGGAAAUACGCGAUUCUUCGCUGCCCUCUUUAAAAGCCUGGCUUAAGAAAACGCCGCAUUUGAAAGUGCGUACAAAUGAUGAAUUACUUUUGUCGUUCUUACGCUGCUGCCGUUACAGUCUGGAGGACACGAAAAAACGUAUUGAUGGUUAUUAUUCUCUUAAAAAUGUCUUCCCAGAAGUUUUAUCAAAUCGUGUUAUCGAUGAGUCACUAAUGGAUUUAUAUCGACAGGGCCUCCAUACUAUACCGAUAAAACCUCUAAGCCCCAAUGGACCACGCAUAAUAAUCUCCCAGUACAGUAAAUAUGACCCGAAGAAAAGUAAUCCCAGAGAGGCUUUCAAAUUACUUUUUAUGCUACUCGAAAUAUUGGCCAACGAAGAUCCAAACACCAGUGUAGCUGGAGUAGCUUAUGUCAUAGAUGCUAGAGAUGUUACGAUGGAACAAAUGUUACAAUAUGAUCCAUAUUUCUUGAAGAAAACCUGGACAUUGGUGGAGCAUUGUUUGCCCGUACGAUUUACGGAAAUACAUUUGAUAAAUAUGCGCAAAGAGGGACAGGCCAUAUUUAAUUUUGUAACCUCGUUCUUACCCGCCAAAAUGCCCGUAAAGUUUGUAGUCCAUAAAAAAGCUGAGGAUUUAUACGAUCAUUUACCCCGAGAUUCCAUGAUUGUUGAAUAUGGCGGUCACAACGGUUAUCAACCGGAAGCUUUAAAACACUGGGAAAAUGUAAUGCUCAAAUACAAGGACUACUUUGCUGAUGAUGUCAACUACAGUAGUAAUGAGAAGUUACGAUCGGGUAUAAUGGCCAGUGCCGAGGUUUCUGAACUUACCGGUUUAAGUGGUUCAUUUCGUAAAUUGGAAGUAGAUUAAUUAAAUUUCAUGAAAAGUAUUUUUUAAUUUUUUAAAAUUAUUUUAUUAUUGUAAUUAAAAUUAUAUUUACUACUCGUUUUCUUAGAUUAAUUAAGUUUCUAAAUUAAAGUACAUACAUAAUUUAAAUAUUUUUUUUAUGAAUACAGAAAAAAUAAAAUUAAAAAGUAAUUCUUUGGUAUAACUUGUAUCCGGUUAAUAAGAAUUAAAUGUUUGUC